CAAAGCUCAGUACAGAGCUGAAAGGAUAUGAACAAAUUAAUCUGUACUCUGAAACAAAUAAGUUAGCAAGUAUUGGAAGGUUUUUUUUGUAUCAGCUUUCCAUUCGUUUUGUAAAUACAUGGGUAGCUGGGCUUCCAAAUAUACUAAAAUAUAUUGGUAUAACAACCCAAACAUACGAAUAUUCUGUAUAUGCAAUUUGUAACACAGACAUGGUGUCAGAAAUCCAGUCUAAUUUUGCUUUGGUUCGGUCCACAGCCUAUUUCCAGCCCUCCUUUUGUUUCUGGAUCUGCCCCCACCCAGUUUAAUUCUACUAUGCUUGUGACUCCUGCCAGCUAUCCUGCUCUGUGUGGCUACUUGCCUUGAUGUUCCUGUGCUUCAGCUCCAGUUGUGGUUCUUUGACCUGCAAAAGUAAAGGAAUUCCUCAGAUUGCUGUCAGUUAUCACUUACCUGUUCCAAUACACAUUUACUUACCCUUCAGUGGACUGCAACUCCCAGCAUCCUCCGUUAUCUGGUUAAAGUUUUGCAUAUUGUAAGAGGGACCCUGUUAAUGAAAUGCUUUCCAGUUACAUUGGGACAGUACAUGCCUUACAGUUGCAACUCCAGUAUUUGAAACUAACAGAGGGACUUGUUACUAUUGUACGUUGUUUCUUACCUGUGGCACUAUUUCCAGUUACUCAGUUUCCUAUUCUCUUCAGAACCUGCGUGGAAUAAACACUGAUUUCAGAAUAGUGCCUGAACAGUUUAAAAUUUAAAUUACUGGUACUUAACUUUAAUUUGUGUCUGAAUUCCUCUUUCGUCCUGACUGCUUCCAAUCUAGUGUUGCCUCGACUGAACCUGGCAUAAGCAUCACUUUAGUGUAUUUUUGUCCUUAAUCUGAAAUUAGACACUGUAAAAAGGUGCUUCAUUGAACCAACAGAAUAUUGAUAUAUAUCUUCAUACAAGACCCUUGAAAAUAUAUAUGGAACAGCAUAAGAAUAUUGUAAGGGGUCCAUGACCAUAUAAAGGAACAAGGCUGCAGACGGGCUGCUUUUAUACAGAAUCAAGUUUCUUGCUGGGGAAUGCACAGAUUGUGGACUGGCCUGUAGUUUAUAGUAAUGACGGUUUUUGCAAGCUUUCUGGGUAUCACAGAGCCGACAUCAUGCAGAAGAGCAGUACUUGCAGCUUCAUGUACGGAGAAUUGACAGACAAGAAAACCAUUGAAAAGGUCAGGCAGACAUUUGAGAACUACGAGUCAAAUUGUUUUGAAGUCCUUCUUUACAAGAAAAGCAGAACACCAGUUUGGUUCUAUAUGCAGAUUGCUCCCAUAAGGAAUGAACAUGAAAAAGUUGUUUUAUUUCUGUGUACCUUUAAAGAUAUUACUUUAUUCAAACAACCAAUAGAAGAUGAGUCAACUAGAGCUACCCUUGGACCACCUCCGCUAAAUAAUCCUCAAAGAUGGACCAAAUUUGCCCGGUUAACUCGAGCUCUAACAAACAGCCGCAGUGUUCUUCAGCAGUUAACUCCAAUGAACAAAGCAGAGGUGGUCCAUAAACAUUCCAGAUUAGCUGAAGUACUUCAGUUGGGAUCAGAUAUCCUUCCUCAAUACAAGCAAGAAGCACCAAAAACACCACCACACAUUAUCUUGCAUUACUGUGCAUUCAAGACAACAUGGGAUUGGGUCAUCUUAAUUUUGACUUUCUAUACUGCAAUUAUGGUCCCCUAUAAUGUCUCUUUCAAGACGAAACAGAACAAUAUAGCCUGGCUGGUGCUGGACAGCGUGGUGGAUGUUAUUUUCCUGGUAGACAUUGUUUUAAAUUUUCAUACAACUUUUGUUGGACCUGGAGGAGAAGUCAUUUCAGAUCCCAAACUCAUACGAAUGAACUACUUGAAAACAUGGUUUGUCAUAGACCUUCUCUCUUGUUUACCUUAUGACAUCAUCAAUGCCUUUGAAAAUGUAGAUGAGGGUAUGAGCAGCCUCUUCAGUUCUCUGAAGGUGGUUCGGCUAUUAAGACUGGGCCGCGUGGCCAGGAAGUUGGAUCAUUAUCUGGAAUAUGGGGCUGCUGUGUUGGUUCUUCUAGUGUGUGUGUUUGGUCUUGUAGCGCAUUGGUUGGCCUGCAUAUGGUACAGCAUUGGAGACUAUGAAGUCAUUGAUGAAGUGACAAAUACAAUCAAGAAAGACAGUUGGCUGUAUCAGCUGGGACUAAGCAUUGGCACUCCCUAUCGAUAUAAUGCCAGCGGCUCAGGGCAGUGGGAAGGAGGACCCAGCAAAGACUCCUUGUAUGUAUCCUCCCUCUAUUUUACCAUGACAAGCCUUACAACAAUUGGAUUUGGAAACAUAGCUCCAACCACAGAUGGCGAGAAGAUAUUCUCUGUUGCAAUGAUGAUGGUUGGCUCUCUUCUUUAUGCAACUAUUUUUGGGAACGUUACCACCAUAUUCCAGCAAAUGUAUGCCAACACCAACCGAUAUCAUGAGGUGCUGAACAAUGUGCGUGAUUUCCUCAAACUAUAUCAGGUCCCAAAAGGCCUUAGCGAGAGGGUCAUGGAUUAUAUUGUGUCCACAUGGUCCAUGUCCAAGGGCAUUGAUACAGAAAAGGUUCUCGGAAUAUGUCCCAAGGAUAUGAGAGCUGAUAUUUGCGUGCAUCUAAACAGGAAGGUUUUCAAUGAGCACCCAGCUUUUCGUUUAGCCAGCGAUGGCUGCUUGCGAUCAUUAGCUGUGGAGUUUCAAACAAUUCACUGUGCUCCAGGAGACCUCAUCUACCACGCGGGUGAAAGUGUGGACGCCCUCUGCUUUGUGGUGUCAGGAUCACUGGAAGUCAUUCAAGAUGAGGAGGUGGUAGCAAUACUAGGAAAGGGGGAUGUCUUUGGAGACGUAUUCUGGAAAGAAACCACACUUGCACAUGCCUGUGCUAACGUUCGCGCGCUGACAUAUUGUGAUUUACACAUCAUUAAGCGGGAAGCCUUACUCAAAGUACUGGACUUCUACACGGCCUUCGCUAACUCUUUCUCAAGGAAUCUCACGCUUACUUGUAACUUGAGGAAACGGAUUGUCUUCCGAAAAAUCAGUGACGUGAAGAAGGAAGAAGAGGAACGACAAAGGCAAAAGAAUGAGGUGACCCUUAGCAUCCCAGUGGAUCACCCUGUACGAAAACUGUUUCAGAAAUUUAAACAGCAGAAGGAAUUAAGAAACCAGGGAUCUACAAACAGCGAUCUGGAAAGGAACCAGCUGCAAGUGGAGCACCGCUCUAUGCACAAUGGGGCAGUCCUUACUGGAACCAGCGUGGUAACCGUAUCCCAGAUAACACCUAUUCAGACAUCUUUGUCUUAUGUCAGAACCAACGAGUCACUGAAACAGAACAACAGGGAUGCUAUGGAGUUGAAGCCAAGUAGCAGCAGUGACACUAAAAGCCUCAAAGUGACCAGCCCCGUUCGCCUUAAGAACGGAAAUGGGAAAGGUUGGCUGAAACUGAAAAACAACAUGCAGGUGCAAGAGGAAAAGAAAGAAGACUGGAAUAAUGUGACAAAAGCAGAGUCAUUGGGUUUGCUUUCAGAUGACCCCAAAUGCACUGACCCAGAGAGCAAUGUUUCUAAAAACCCACUGAGAAAAACUGAUUCUUGUGACAGUGGGAUAACUAAAAGUGACCUUCGUUUGGAUAAAGCAGGGGAAACGCGUAGUCCACUUGAACAUAGCCCCCUGCAAGCUGAUGCAAAACACCCUUUUUACCCUAUCCCAGAGCAAGCCUUACAGACCACCCUCCAAGAGGUCAAACAUGAGCUAAAAGAUGACAUUCAGUCACUCAGCUGCCGAAUGACUGCUCUUGAACAGCAGGUUGGAGAAAUCCUAAAACUUUUAUCAGAAAAAAGCAAAGCACCCCCAUCUCCCAAAAUCCCCACAAGUCCACUCCAAAUUCCAUGUCAAGAUAUAUUUAGUGUUUCCAGACCAGUGACACCAGACUCUGAAAAAGAAGAGAUUCAUGUUUAAGAGGAACUGGGCAUUAGCAGACAAAACGUGUGUAUGAAGUUAAACAUACACGCAUAACAAAAAAGUCAUGGGUGUGACUUGAAAAUCUUAGUCAUUUUAUUAAUUUUGAUGUGUAAAUAUUGCAUGUCCAGCUGGAUUCUGG